AAUCGAAAGAAAUCCAUGGCAAAGACGUCUCUGCUAUAAAAGAAUUCCUUGCUAAGGAGGAUAAUUUCAUCAUAUUUCCACAUUCGUGAAUAGACAGGUUUCCCGAAGGGCAACUUGCUCUUUUAUACUGCUGUCUGGGCGGUCCUUGUUCGUUUUGGGAAUCUCACUUGUUGCUGAAGCGACCGUGAACACCUUAAGUGAACCCAAUGGCAAUGGGUGGAGCUGAGCUGGAACAAGCUUUCGAGAGUAUUUUCUCGUUUGUUCCCACCCUUCUUCUCAAAUCAGCCAUACUCCUCAACAUUCCUGAUAUCAUCGCAAAAGCAGGCCCCAAUGCAUCCCUCACACUUGAUGAGAUCGCCUUAGAACUCCCCACUGAAACUCCCAAUCUGCAUUGUCUUUCUCGAAUUCUCACAUAUCUCUCUACCAAAAGUAUCUUUGUCCAAACCCAGACGAGCGAUAACCCAUCUGAUAUUCGAUAUGGCCUCACUGCUACUACAAAGCUAUUCUUCGUUAGGGAGAAUAAUCCAAGUAACCUUGUGCCACUUCUUCUCAUGCAAACUCACCCAGUGUUAAUGACGUCGUGGCACCAUCUUCAUGAAUGUGUGCUUCAAGACACUAAUGGAUUCGAGAAGGCUCAUGGAAAGGACUUGUGGGCAUACGGGAAGGAUGACCCACUUGUUAACAAUGUUGUCAAUGACUGCAUGUCCACGUUUACAGAUCUGGAUAUGGAGCAAAUUCUGAGCUGCUAUGACGGUUUCAAGGAUGUGAAAACUUUGGUUGAUGUGGGCGGAGGAAAAGGGACGGCCUUGGCGCAUAUUGUGACGGCUUAUCCUCACAUCCACGGAAUUAAUUAUGAUCUUCCUCAUGUUGUUCAGAGUGCCCUAUCAAUUGCAGGUAUCGAGAACGUAGGUGGCAGUAUGUUCGAUUCCAUACCUUUAGCAGAUGCCAUAUUUGUUAAGAAUGUAUUUGUAGAUUGGGAUGAGGAGAAAUGCGAAGAGAUACUUGGAAAUUGCCACAAGGCUUUGCCUGAAAAUGGAAAACUCAUAGUGACAGAAAACAUUACAAUGGAGGGGUCAGUGUCAAAUAAAUCUAUUGAUAUAGUUGCAGAUCUGGUUAUGAUUACCCUAGCAAGCGGAGGAAAACAGAGGAGUGAGAAAGAAUGGAAAAGCCUGCUUCAAAAGUCAGGCUUCAGUGUAGUAAAGAUGGUGGAGCCUCCAGGACCAUUUUCAAAGUUGAAGAUCAUAGAAGCCAUUAAGGUUUAAACGGAAUUCGAAAGUAAAUUAUUAAUCGUCAAUCUAAGGCAAGUGACCUUAGAGUGGAUCUUUAAUUGCCUGUCUUUUCAAAUAAGUGUCACUGUAAUGAUAAUUGUUAGGGCCUACAAUCACAUUAGAUUCUAUAUAAUGCUUCAGUAUUUAGAGUAGAUCUAUUUUCAGAAAUAAAUUUUAAAUAGAUUUCAAUGUUGUCAAUGUUAUUGUUAGCACAUGCAAAACAGUCAGUCAUGCAACACAGUCAACUCUGUGAUCUGCGGAUUGCAUGCUUGCAUUUAAGUUAACUACAGAGAACUACACUUGUUAUCUUCGCUCCUUUCACCGCCAAGUUUGAUAUGGUUGUUAUGCCUUUGUUUCCACCUUAAAUUAUGUGAUCAUGCGGUGGUUACUAUUGUAUAAAAGCAUGCAUUUGCAUAAUGUAAAAUAACAAGUGGUUAAUACAAUUCCUUUCCUUUCUCA